AUGAGCGGCAGCUCCAACCAGUCCACUCGAACGAGUCCAGGCUCUUUUGGAACCACGCAGCGCACCGAGUCCGUUUCGUCUGGGUCGUCGCCACCCCAGCCGUCCCUUCCGUCCUCGCAGGCGCCUUCGACGGCUCAGCAUGCGAUGUCGACCGACGUGUACAGCCCGAGUGCGUCGCAAGCGCCUACAUCUCUAGGAAACUCUUUUUCAUACCCGUUCUCCCCGCUCGGUCCCUCCUCUUUCGACAAUAUGCGUUUGGGCGAAUCCGAUCGUAACCAGGGCCUUAACGGCCUCGGUCGCGCCGGUGGUGGCGCGAUUCUGAUGCGGAAGCUUCCGCGCAACACGAGCCGCGAGGCUCUUCGCAGUAUGCUACUCUUCGCCAAGGACUUCGUUGAUGCAGACUUUGUGACCUUGGAUUUGCCGGAGGAUGACGGGUUCCUGAGCGCAAUCGCGCGCUUCAGUAAUCUGCCGGCCGCUGAAGAGGCGCGCGCCCUUCUCGACGGGAAGCCUAACUCCAAGAACGAUGCCAACAUGGUCGUUGAGAUGUACCCGGGCCCCGUCGGAUCCAACCUCGCAAAUGCGCGUCGCAACACCAUUGACCACACUGCGACGCGUGGUCUGCUGAGUGGAGUUCCUUCCAACGGUCCCUUGUCGCGUCAGUCAUCGCGUUUCAACGGCACGUUCCAGAGCCUCGAGCGACUCUCCAACCCCUCCACCCAAGCGAUCGGGGAAGGCCUGCCCCCCGCGUCCGACUCUGGCUCGCGUCUGCACAACCUCUUCUCCCCACAAUCUCCGAUCGGAAAUGGCGUCGGCGAUCUGCCGCGCAUCACCGGCAAAUCCAUGAUCGAUGAAGAUCCGGAUGAGGAAACGGGGGAACUGCUUAAAGACCCCGUGGGAUACGCAGAGAAUGGGCACUCGGCAUCGGCAUCCAUCCCGCGCCGCUCGACCAACCCGCAGAUCCCCACCGGUCGGUUUGCCAAUCUGUCUUUGUCAUCGAACAUGUCGCCUCCGUUGCCGAAUUAUAACUCUGGUGGUGCCGCCCCGCGCAUAAGUGGUGGAGCACCGGCAUCUGGCUACCCGGCCGUCAACCAAGGUCAUGGCUUCCCCUAUACCAGCCAACAUACUCCGCGCCAUAGUCUCCCGGCCGCGAAUCCCAACGAUCUGAACCCGCCAUGCAACACGCUCUAUGUUGGCAACCUCCCACCCGACACGUCGGAAGAGGAGCUCAAGGCACUCUUCUCGAAGCAGCGUGGGUACAAGCGACUCUGCUUCCGCAACAAGCAGAACGGACCCAUGUGCUUUGUGGAAUUUGACGAGGUGGCCAUGGCCAGCAAGGCGCUCAAUGAGCUGUAUGGUUACAAGCUGUCUAACAGUGUCAAGACUGGGAUUCGCUUGAGCUUCUCCAAAAACCCGCUCGGUGUCCGCUCUGGUCAGCCCGGCAGCAUGAACACGGCCAACCCGCUUUCUGGCCCAGGGGCCGUCCACGGAGGGAGCAGCCUGGGUGCGAUGCACAACCAUAUGUUCUCGACUGUGAGUGGUCCGCCUCCAGGUUUGGCCGCCCCUCCCGGCCUGUCCAUGCCUAUGCCGGUACGCAAUGGUACUGCCAUGCACGCACCGGGGAACCCUCACGCCGCUAUGGUGGGCAAUGGCUCGUAUAACCCCAACUCGGGACUUGGAAUCCGAACCAACGGAGUCAAUUCCAUGAUGAUGUCGCCACCUCCUGGGGGAUCUGCCGGCAGCAACACGGGGCCAAACAUAAACGGCUUCAAUUCUUUUUAUCCCGACUACAUGAUGGGUCGGUGA